CUGCGCUAAAGUGACAGUUCUUAAAAAUCCCGUGGCCAGAUUUAUUUCCCUCGAAAUUUAUGCGGAAUGGCUGAAAAAGCCGUUGCAAACAAAUCGUCUUAUGCAUUGGGCGAUCAUGUGUGGAUAAAAAAUAUUGGAAAUGGUGAAUUCGACAUUCUUUUGGCGGGUGAGAUUGUACAUAAAGAUCGAAAAGAAAUAAGAAUACGUUUCGACGAUGGGAAGGAAGAAACGAUUGCUGAAAAUCGGAUUGUCAAAACGAUGCAUCCUACCUCGAUUAAUGGUGUUGAAGAUUUAAUCAAACUCGGCGAUUUGCAAGAGUAUGCGAUACUGAAGAACUUGCAUACACGUUAUAUGAAAAAUCUUAUUUACACGUAUACCGGAAGUAUGUUGAUAGCAAUAAAUCCCUAUUGUAUUCUUGACAUUUAUACUACGAAGGAGAUUGCGAAAUAUAGAGGUAAAAAGUUGGGUGAUGGACCGCCACAUAUUUUUGCAAUAGGAGACAAUUGUUACACCGAAAUGAAAGCUACUGGUGCUGAUCAAUGCAUAGUUAUCAGUGGCGAGAGUGGAGCUGGCAAGACGGAGAGUACAAAAUUGAUUUUGCAAUAUAUCGCGGCGAUAAGUGGCGAACACUCUUGGAUAGAGCAACAAAUUUUGGAGGCAAAUCCAAUCCUCGAAGCUUUCGGAAACGCGAAAACAAUGCGUAACGACAACUCCUCGAGAUUCGGCAAAUAUAUAGACGUUAAUUUCAACAAAAAUGGUCUCAUCGAGGGAGCAAGAAUCGAGCAAUACUUGUUGGAAAAAUGUCGUUUGGUGUCUCAAUCGAAAGGAGAAAGAAAUUAUCACAUUUUUUACUCCAUGCUUCGUGGAUUGUCCACUGAAGAGAAAAAUAUAUUGAGCAUCGAUUCAGUUUCGGAUUACAAUUAUUUGAAUGGGGGUGGUGAAUGUAACAACAGAAACGACAGCAAAGAACUCGCGGAUGUGAGAGCAGCCAUGAAAGUCCUUAAUUUUAGUGACAACGAUUUCUGGAAUAUCAUGAAACUUUUGGCUGCAAUAUUACACGUCGGGAAUCUCAGUUACAAAUCCGUGAUGAUUGCUAAUAUGGACGCCUGUGAAUUACAAAACGAGGCACAUGCCAAAUCAGUUUCUGAUCUUUUGGGAGUUAAUUUUCGAGCACUUAAGGAUGCGCUGACAAAAAAAACGAUUUUUGCCCACGGUGAUCGAGUGGUUAGCAAUUUAUCGAAGGAGCAAGCUUUGGAAGUGAGGGAUGCGUUCGUCAAAGCAAUUUACGAUCAUCUCUUCAUAAUGAUCGUGAACCAGAUAAACAACACGAUAUUCAAACCAAAAAAUCACAAAAUGAGUUCAAUCGGUGUACUUGAUAUAUUUGGUUUUGAGAAUUUUCAUCAAAACAGCUUCGAACAAUUAUGCAUUAACUACGCAAACGAGCAUUUGCAGCAAUUCUUUGUAAAGCAUAUUUUCAAAAUGGAACAGGAAACAUACAUGUCUGAAGGUAUAUCUUGGAAACAUAUUGAGUUUCUCGAUAAUCAGAGCGUUUUGGAUCUAAUCGGGGCCAGGCCCGUUAAUGUGAUGGCCCUCAUCGAUGAGGAGAGCAAAUUUCCGAAGGGUACGGAUGAAACGUUGCUAGCAAAAGUAAAUCAAUUGCACUGUAAUCAUGGGAAUUACGUGAUGCCAAAAUCGACCCUCGAAACGGGCUUCGGUAUAAGACACUUUGCUGGCACGGUUAAAUACGUUGUUAAAGGCUUUUUGGACAAAAAUCGGGACACUUUCUCGGCUGAUUUAAAACAACUGAUAAACAUCUCGUCCAAUGAUUUUAUUAAAUCUAUUUUUACCAAGGAUCAGCUUGCGACUGGUAUUGACGGCAAAAAGCGAUCGUCAACUUUGUCUUCAGAAUUUCGGAACUCCCUCGAUCUGUUGAUGAAAACACUGGAAAGCUGUAAUCCGUUUUUCAUCAGGUGCAUCAAACCCAAUGAGGAACAAAAAGCUUCGCUUUUCAAUAACGCGCUUUGCUGUCAUCAGCUAAGAUAUUCAGGAAUGAUGGAAACAGCGCGGAUACGACGUGCCGGUUACCCGAUUCGUCAUGAUUACGACGAGUUCGUGAAUCGUUUUCGUUUUUUGGCGAAAGGAAUUUUCACGGGGACAAAAUCGAAUCUGAGGCUCGUAGCGGAAGAUAUUUGCACUAAAGUUUUAGGGAAAAACAGUCUGGAAUAUCAACUGGGUCGUACGAAAAUUUUUAUCAAAGAAGAACCCGAUCAAGUUUUGGAGCGUGAAAGAAAUCGCGUUCUCGAUGAAAGUAUUCUGAGGAUACAAAAAUGUGUCAGAAGUUGGAUUGCUAGGAAAGCAUACACCAGAAUGAAAAAAUCAGCAAUAAUCAUACAAAAGAAUUGGCGAGGUUACGGCCCGAGAAAACGGUAUCGGAUAAUGGUGCGUGGCUAUUUGAGAUUCCAGGCUUGUGCAAGAUCUCGAAUCCUCACUCGGGAUUAUCAACGGAAACGAAAACUUAUAAGAGCAUUGCAGGCUCGCGCACGUGGUUACCUUGUUCGAAAGCUCUGUGCGGAGAAACGUGAGUGGCGUAAAAAGAAAAUGCACGAAAUUGAAAAGUUGCGACGAAACGAGGAAAUUACGAUAAAAAAAGAGGGAAAGAAAGAUUGGGCAGAAAUUGCUCGAAAAAAUUAUGAGGAGAGAAUGAUCGAAGCUCAACGUCUCGUGGCUAAUUAUGAUGGCAGAAAGGACAUAGAAAAACCGACCAAAGAAUCUGAGACCAAUAUUGAUGUGAUGUUCGAGUUUUUAGAGAAUGAGCCUAAAGCCCCCAUCUCGAAGGAACUUCCUGGUGAUAUGUACGCGGAUCUCGUUCGCAAAGAGAAGAAUCCCGAUGACUCGACGAGUUUUCUCGAAAUACCGAUUGAAGAGAAUGCCAGUAUUGAUUUUUCGUCUUAUCACUUUGGAAAAUUCGCAUCGACUUAUUUCGCCUCGAACGUUACGCCACAAUAUUCGAAGCGGCCAUUGAAACAAGCUCUACUCGAUUUGCCAUUGCCAGCCGAUCAGUUGUCGGCUCAAGCUCUGUGGAUAACGAUCUUGCGAUUCAUGGGCGAUAUCCCGGAACCGAGAAAUCCGAUUGAGGCACCGGCUAACAAAACCGUCAUGUCCACAAUUUCGGAAACUCUGUCGAAGAGUUUCACAAGAUCGAAAGAAUUUGAAAACAUGAUGUAUCAUGAGAGAAAAAAAAGUAUAAUUCGAAUGACCUUGAAGAGGCAAAACAAGCUCCACGAGGACGUUAGAAAAGGAAUAAUUGAGGACGAAUUUAUGAACAAAACUUACGAAUAUUGGUUGCAAACACGUCGAACGAAUUUGGAAAAGUUCCAUUUCGUGAUUGGUCAUGGUAUCUUGAGGCCGGAGCUUCGGGAUGAAAUUUAUUGUCAAAUAGUAAAACAAUUGACCAACAAUCCUUCGAAGGCUUCACACGCUCGUGGAUGGAUUUUGCUGUCACUUUGUUUGGGCUGUUUUGCACCAAGCGAGCGAUUCAUCAAUUAUUUGAGGGCUUUCAUAAGAACGGGGCCACCAGGUUAUGCGCCUUAUUGCGAUCGCCGAUUGACACGAACUUACAAAAAUGGUACCAGAAGCCAACCCCCGAGUUGGAUUGAAUUGCAAGCGACGAAAAGCAAAAAACCAAUUAUUCUCGCGGUCACUUUUAUGAACGGCGAAACAAAAACUGUCGAAGCUGAUUCUGCGAGCACAGCUCAGGAAAUCGUCGCUAUUUUGGCCAAAAAUAUUGGACUCGUCGAUACUUUUGGAUUUUCUUUGUUCGUCACCCUUUACGACAAAGUUUUGUCUCUUGGAGCUGCAAGAGACCACGUGAUGGACGCAAUAUCCCAGUGCGAGCAAUACGCGAGAGAGCAAGGACAACCAGAACGUUCAGCACCGUGGAGGCUUUUCCUGAGGAAGGAAGUAUUCGCACCUUGGCACGAUCCAGCAAUAGACAAAGUCGCCACUGAAUUGAUUUAUCAUCAAGUGACACGGGGACUAAAAUAUGGUGAAUACAGAUGCAACAACGAAGGUGCUAUUGCUAUGCUUAUUGCCGAACAACUGUACAUCGAGCAUGAAAAAGGUCUGACUGCUGCCAAUUUGAAAAGCGCUAUGCCUCUCUAUGUACCAAAUCACCUUCUCCAGGGUGCGACCGAAGAAGCACUACCAAAGUGGGAAAAACUUACGUUGGAAGCUUAUAAGAAGAACAUCAACGUGAUCGAGUCAGCAUCCGUGUCAAAAGCGAAGGAAGACAUAGUGCAAUUCGCCAAGAUUACGUGGCCGAUAUUAUUUUCGAGAUUUUACGAGGCUACCAGAAUUUCCGGUCCGGCUCUUCCGGUUGACAAUGUAAUCGUAGCAGUCAAUUGGACAGGAAUUUAUUUGGUGGACGAUCAGGAACGAAUGCUCAUGGAAUUAUCCUUCCCCGAGAUCAUCGAGGUCACAUUCCAAAGAUUCAAUAAUGCAUUGAUGGGAAAUUUGAUGAUUACUACGGUACAACUUGAAGAGUAUGUUUUUCAAAGCCCAGACGCCGAAGAUCUCGCAUACUUAGUGAAUCUUUUGAUUGAUGGCUUGAAGGAAAGAUCAUGCUACGCUGUCGCUACUCAAGACUACAUGAAUGGGGUGGUUCCUGAAAUCGGCGAGACUCAAUCUUACUUGCCUCUGAGACGCGGGGAUUUGAUUAAGUUGUCACCAAACUACUUGGGCAAUCGUCUUGUCAAUUUAAUCUGGGGACAUGGGGAAUGCAAUGGGGUUAAAGGCGAAUUUCCAACUGAAUGCGUUUAUCUUUUGCCUACUAUUGCGAAGCCGUCGCAAUCCCUAAUUAAUUUCUUCAAAACCGAUCACACGGCUCAGAAGCAUUUGGAAAAACGUCAAAAUCUCCGAAACACCGAAACGUCACAUGUCCACACAUUGCGAAAAUUCGCAGAGGAUAACUUCCGACCCAGUUUCAAUGUGACGUUAUCACGAGGUUCGAGUAUAUCAGCAGCGAAACGAACGGUGCCCGAAAAAUUGUGGAAACACACCAGAACCCCGGUAAAAGCUCCUCAUCUUGCGAAAAUCUGCGAACUCGAGAAUGACCUUGCUCAACAGGCUGUAGGCAUUUUCUCGAGCAUACUCAAGUACAUGGGGGAUCUACCGAGUAACAGACAGAAACUUGCCACCGAAUAUACCGACCUCAUUUUUAAACCAGCCCUCGAGCACGCUAUACUCCGGGACGAAAUUUAUUGUCAAUUAAUUCGGCAACUGACCGAAAACAGAAUACGUUUGAGCGAAGAACGGGGUUGGGAAUUGAUGUGGCUUGCUACGGGAAUAAUGAGCUGUGGCAAAAGUGUACAGAAAGAGGUUGUGAAGUUCCUUGAGUCUGCGAAAAGCCCAAUAGCAAACGAUUGUCUUGUGAGACUUGGCAAAACAACCAAAUGGGGCAAUCGCAAAUAUUCGCCCUACAUACUCGAGGUCGAAGCUAUACGAUUCAAGAGCAUGCAGAUAUUCCACAAAAUUUAUUUCCCUAACGAUACUGACGAGGCUUUUGAGAUUACGUCCGCCACGCGAGCGAGCGACCUCUGUGAGGAAAUAUCAGCGAGAAUGCAUCUAAAGAGCAGCGACGGUUUCAGUCUUUUCGUAAAAAUAAUCGAUAAAGUAUUUUCGGUUCCUCACGAAUACUACUUUUUCGAUUUCGUGCACGAGUUGAUGCAAUGGGCGAAACAAUCGAGACCGAUGGCAAAAUUGACGGAAACAUUGAACGUUCGAUAUCAAAUAUUUUUCAUGAAAAAGUUGUGGGUCAAUUCAUAUCCAGGACGUGAUCCAAACGCUGAUGAAAUAUUUUACUUCCAUCAAGAAUUACCCAAAUACUUGCGAGGGUAUCAUCGCUGCAGUAAACCAGAAGCCAUUAAACUCGCAGCCCUCAUUUACCGGAGCAAAUAUGGCGAAAGUAAAAACGAGUUGGCCGAAAUACCAAACCAAAUCCGAGAGUAUGUGCCGACUGAUUUGGUGCAUAUUUUGAGCGGCAGUGACUGGAAGAGGCAAAUCACUGCGGCCUAUAACCAACAUUCGGAUGAUAUUCUUUAUUUCACAGGUAAGAGCGAGUCCGAAUCGAAACUCCAAUUCCUGCAGCACUUGUAUCAAUGGCCGACUUUCGGUUCGGCGUUUUUCGAAGUUAGACAAUCGACGGAAUCGAGCUUUCCGGAGUUCAUGUUAUUGGCGAUAAAUAAGAACGGGGUGAGCGCGAUAGACUCUCAAACGAAAGAAAUUUUGGCGAUGUGGAGUUUCACGGAGUUGUCCAACUGGUCGUCAGGGAAUACGUACUUUCAUAUGACGAUUGGCAACUUCAUGAAAGGCCAAAAAAUUCUUUGCGAGACUGCAUUGGGCUACAAAAUGGACGAUCUUAUAUCAUCGUACAUCAACUAUCUUCGUGGCACUGUACAAGGGGAUUCGUCGAUUCUUCAAAUUUGAAAAAUCUCGAACACCUUUGAAAAUAAAUUGAGGCAAAUAAAAUCAAAAAAUAGUUCGAAAUAAUUCAUCAAAAAUUUCGAAAUAUAACUUUCGAAAGAGCCUAAUAGUAUGAGAAAAAAAAACUUUCGAUCGAAUGAAAUUUGUUGAUUUUUUCAAUUUGAAUAAUUUUUUUCAACUUGAUAAAAUGGGUCUAAAACAUCUUCACUUUUGAGUCUGAAAGCUAGACCCAAAAAGAUGAAAUCUGAUCCAUAACUAUUAACAUUAGUUAAAUAUGCAUAAUUCUCCUAAAUCGAAAAAAGAAUCAACUACAAAAUUCAAAUUGAAUAAAAUUUGUUCAUAAGCGUUUUUUCAAUUGGAAUAGAAUAAAAAAUUCUGAAACUCUGUAAUUGAUGACCUAAAUAUUAGAUUCUUGAUUGGAACUAUUAAAUAAUAAAACAAAAUGGAAUGUUUGCUUUUUGUUUACGUGGAAAAUCUCUUCAAUCAAACUGCGUAAACUUCAAUCAAACUGCAUUCGGUUCAACGCGUGUCAUCUAAACCCUUGUUUGCUUUGAAUAAUUCGAUCAACACUGAAAUAAUUUCAAAGUUUGAUCUCAGAAAUACGGUAAGUUACGUAGCCGGAACUUCAAGAAAAAAAAUAUCACAAUUAACAAAAAUGAAAACAUAAUCAUUCUUCUGUAGUUGAUUAGUAGGAAAACAAAUCCGCUCCUAGAAAAACUACGCGCAAACACGUAGACGACGAAAGACAAAAAUCAAUAAUAUUGAAAUAGAAAUCGAAACUUCAAUCGAUAAAAAGCGAUGAUACAAUAUGAAUAAAAAAAAUUUGUAAUAAUUUGAAUCAUGAAUGAAAUGACAAGAAAAUAAAUAGUUA